AUGGCUUCUACAUUUGUGCUUUACCACUAUACUCCCAAUCUAGUGUGUGCAGUGCUGUUCGCGGCUCUCUUCUCCCUCACCACUGCAUUCCAUCUAUACCAGAGAAUCCGCACUCACACAAAAUACUUCAACCCUUUUAUUGUUGGAGGGAUCUUCCAGAUCAUUGGCUAUGUUGCGCGGGCGCUAACUCAUUUUCAUGAGACAUCCACUAUACUUUAUGCCAUACAGAACCUCUUUCUACUACUGGCUCCAACUCUAUAUGCGGCAUCAAUCUAUAUGGUUCUGGGAAGAAUCAUCACGUACGUCCAGGGCGAGCACCUAAGCUUCAUCCCCGUGCGAUUGAUGACGAAGAUCUUCGUUGCCGGUGAUGUUCUAUCCUUCAUUCUUCAAGCAGCCGGUGGUGGCAUCAUGUCAAGUAAAAGCCAGAACGCCCUGACAAUUGGCAAAUGGGUCAUUGUCGGCGGUCUCGGUGUCCAGCUUGUGUUCUUCGGCGCAUUUGUCUUCACGGCUCUUGUCUUCAAUGUCAAGCUCCUCCGACACCCAACACCUGAAUCCGAAGAAACGCUGGAACUGCGUUCCUGCGUUUUGCCGCGUGACUGGAGGGGUCUGUUGUUUGCCUGCUAUGCAGUUAGCAUGCUCAUCUUGAUCCGAUCGAUCUAUCGUCUGAUUGAGUUCGCUCAAGGCAAUGAUGGCUAUGUUAUGAGUCAUGAGGUGUUUUUGUACGUCUUCGAUGCCGCUAUGAUGUUCUUGGUUAUGUUCAUCAUGAACGUGAUGCAUCCAUCUGUUGUUCUGAGUCGGGUUGCCCCCCGUCGCUCUAGUAGCCGUCGGACUGAAGUUCAACUGGAAGAGCAGAAAGUGAGACGUACUCGGAGUCAAGGCAGAUCCCGUGAUAGGGCCCGGAAGUAG